AUGAUCACUUACAACGUCACGAUUGAGACUGGGACAGGCUUGUGUGCAGGAACCGAGAGUAACGUCUUCUGCACCCUGAUCGGAGAGAGGGAGAAGCGUCACAAGGCUAGUGUGAACAGAUGGCUGCACAAUGAGUUGAAACGGGGAACUCUAAAAGAAUCUAUGAUGAUGGACCUUUGUUCCAGUGUCAUCGUAAGAAUGAACUGCGAGAGAAACAACAGCUCUAUCGUGUUUGCCAAGCAUCUUUGGAAGAAGGAUUGGUUCUUUGGUAACCAGUUUUUGAAUGGCUUCAACCCAGUCCUGAUUGAGAAAUGCAACAAAAUCCCACCAAACUUCCAUGUGACAGAUGACAUGGUCAGGACAUCUCUCAGGAACUCCACUCUGAAGCAAGAGAUAGAGGUGCGUUCUAUGUUCUAUGUCAAUUAUGAGAUCUUGGAUGGAAUUCCUGCCAAUGUAAUUGAAGGUGUGCAACAGUACACUGCAGCACCUAUCUGCCUGCUUUACCGUAAUGAAAAGAACUACAUGAUACCCAUUGCUAUCCAGCUGAAGCAGACCCCUGGAGAAGACAAUCCCAUUUUCCUUCCCUCGGACGCUGAACACGACUGGAUGCUGGCCAAGAUGUGGGUGCGGAGCUGUGACUUUCAACACUUUGAGAUGAUCUCCCACCUUCUGAAAACUCACCUGAUUGCUGAGACAUUCAUCAUGGCCACUCUCAGACAACUGCCGUCCGUGCACUCCAUUUACAAGCUGCUGGCUCCUCAUGUGAAGUACACGAUGCAUAUCAACACCGUUGCUAGAAUAAAACUGAUAGGCAAUAAUGGAUAUAUCAGCCAAAUGUUUGGUGUCAAAGAAGAUGAUUUUCAUUUGCUGUGUUCAAAAGCCUUCCAAAGGCUAACAUACCGGUCACUGUGUCUGCCAGAAAACCUGAAGGACCGUGGAGUCACAGAACUCAAAGGGUUUGUCACUGGAAUUGUCAUGUAUUAUUAUAAGGAAGACAGUGAAAUUCAAGAUGACUCUGAGCUUCAGGCCUGGAUCAAGGACCUCACUGAAGUUGGACUUGAAGGUAUUGGAGACUCUGAAUUUCCGACAUCAUUCCACACCAGGGACGACCUCUGCAAAUUCCUCACCAUGAUUAUCUUCACAUGCAGUGCCCAACAUGCAGCCCUGAAUAAUGCACAGUAUGAUUGGGGUGCCUGGGUCCCCAACUCACCCUGCUCCAUGAGGAAGCCUCCUCCCACUACCAAAGGGAUCGUGACCAUGGAGGACAUCAUGGAAUCACUGCCAUCUCUGCACCAGUCUUGCCUACAAAUGGCAAUUCUCUGGAUCCUUAAUCAGAAGCAAUGGGAGCUGAGGAAACUUGGCAAUUACAACGAGAAACAUUUCACUGAAGAGAAGGUGAAGACAAUCAUUGGGAGAUUUCAAGACAAGUUGAAAGAAAUUGCUGACCUAGUCUGUGAUGAACGUGAUGCGAAGCUGCUCCCGAGAUAUGACUACCUGUGUCCGAAGAACAUUGAGAACAGCAUCACCAUCUGA